AUGCUCAACAACAUUUACGGCUACAUUUUCGGAUCCGACGACUCGAACUCGUCGUCGGACGCCAGUUUCGAUGAGCCAGAGCAGGAGCCGUGCACGAUCAAUGGCAAACUGUGCGAAGACGAUUGGUUUUUGGUUGGAAAUGGUUACGCCGACGAUCGAAAUCGCGGUGUGUUCUCGCCGGUGUUGAUUCCGACGCCCGAACUUCGCGACAUCGAUGAGCUGUCGUUCUGCUCGGCGCGGCAUUCCGGCGAAACGACGCCGCCGACCGCCGAUCAAAUCAGGAGAGCCGAGGCGUUGCGAUUGGCGAAGGCGCGGAACGCGCAGCGGGCGCAUCUCGAAAAAAUGCUUUUCGAGGACACCCAAUCGUCUGGAAGCCUUUCAACAAGCGUGUACAAAAAAGGGAGUGGCUCGAAAGGUGUUCAACGCGUCGCGCAAGUCACCGACGGCAUAAAAGGCAAAUCGCGAUCGAAGAAGUCGUCCGGAAAACUGGCUUCCGGAAGAAACAAUGAUCGCAAAGUGAACAAUAUCAUUUAG